AUGCACUUGUCUCUAGUCGAGUCGAUUGUCGCCGACGCCCAGCUCGAGCUUCUCUUCCCUGCCACAGAUGCUCAAGAUGCAGGAAGCAUCCUGGGGGCGCCCGCGCGCAAAACAGCCUACUAUGAUGAGCGACUGCAUUGUUAUCUCAUGUUCCGGCCGUCCCAGGCGCCGAGUGCGACUCGUGUCACUCCGGCAAUGUUAGCAGAGAUAGCGGCUAAGGGCCUCGAUGCCCAGCUAUCCGCUACACUGAGCAACUCGGCCCCGGGAAGCUCCACACUGAAACCGAACUCUGUGACAGUGGCACCCCCUCCAGCGGCCCACCACCUGGGUCUUGGUCAGGGCGCACGACACCGCGCCGCGACGACAAACGUGCCUGUGGCGAGGAAGCCCACACGCCCGCCCAUGUCGCAGGCGGGAUACCUGGCUAGCCCAGUUCUCAAUAAGCGUACCACAUCAUUGAAGCCGGCGCUGGGACCGCCAAGUCCCGCUGCAAGCGCAGCCGCCGUGUCAUCCGAAAGUGCUCUCAAAACGCCAACGCCGCCUCCAAAGCCGAAAUGGAGAGGGACCAAGGAAGAAGUGUGCCAUACACAACAAUAUAGUCCGAUAAGCGUCUCUGGUGAACCGAUCCUGGUUGCCGAGCAGAGCUGCUGUCUUUUCCCGUUCAACAUCCCAAUAGGGAACGGAGAAGCGGAUCUCUGUGACGCCGACGACUUUGAUACCCCGAACCUGCUCGCGGGCCUAGCCAACGAUCCAAGUUUCAAUCCGGACAGGUUGCCAACACAUCGCCUUCCUCACCAUCUGCGCAAGCCCACCAUGGGCCUCCUUCUUUCCGUGCCACGGACGGUAAAGGCUUCAAUGAAGCUUUCUCCAAUCUUGGACAUGCGAUUGAACAUCGUCAACUCUGGAAACAACGCUGCAUUGCUCUCCUUUGCGUUGGCGAACAGGCUGGGCGACGGGCUAAUAUACACAGUCGAGGACGUGUCGACGGAUUUGACUAGCGCUGCUAUGACGCAAAUAGGGGCAUUAACGGCGAGAGAGAAGUUGUUAAGCCACGACGAAGAGCUGCAUGUGCUCUAUCAGGUGUCACUCCUGACGCAAAAGUAUGGGAUCAACGGCUCAAUGGAGAUUCCGAGCUUAAGCACGAGUCCAGCAACAUCCCGGGUUGCAUCCUUAGCCUCCUUGGCAUCCAACGGCGAUGGCGGCGCCGCCCCAUUGAAGCGCAAUCUAACCAUCACGAUCACCGGUUCCCCGACAAUCCCCGGGCUGCGGGGCCAAAGCAUAUCCUCACAUUGGUUUGCGCCUCUGACAUUCGAUAACAUGCCCGGCAAGACCAUGUUGAACAUAGUACCAACUUAUGUCCAGAAGCACGAUUUCCCGGAAAUGCCGAGCCACGCAGAGGAUGUUGAGUUCGAUGGACUGCAGUUGUCCCUUACCGUUCUCGGCCAGGUCCAGCUUCACAAGAUGUUCACGGUCCAGCUGUUCCUGAUGAACUGCUCGAAGGAUAUAUGGGACCUCACCAUUAUCAUUCCCAUGAAACCACAAGCGGCUCCCUCCAAGUCUGUUCCCUCCAAGUCUGUGGAUGAUGCGCCGCCAAGAUCAAAGGUUGGCCUGCAGUUCGAUUUAAGGAUGAGUGAUAAAGACCUACUUCGCAACUACCAAGCGCUGGAAAGCCGUGAAGUCGCCAUCGUGUGCCUAGAGAACUUCGUGGAACUCGGACCUCUCCGCCCCGGCGCCUGCGAGACCCUCAACCUGCAUUUCGUCGGCAUGAAGGGUAUGUUUCACUACAUUGACCAUAUACAGCUGCGUGACCGCAUUUCGGGGCGCACGCUGAAUCUGAGAGACGUGUGUGAGAUACAUGUGGAUACAACUGUGGGAGGUUGGAAAUAG